CCAUAAGCCCGCCGCAUUGCGCGCAUCUUGCAUCGAGCUGCACCGCGGCCACCUGCAGCAUGCACUGUUCGUGCUCCCUCAAUACACACAGUCCUCUCUCACUUUAGACUUCAUGACCGGCAUUUUUCGCCCGCCUCCCCGACUCUCUUUGCGAUCGAACGCCUUUAACAGUCUUGCCCAGCGCGCUUCUCGGCUGCAGCACCCCUACUCCGAGUCGUACGCUGCGACCUCCCUAUCCGUCUCGACGCAAUCCAAAGCUCCUACCGGUUUGUCCGGCUAUCCCACCAGCGGCUAAAGCCCGCAAACGAUAUCCAUAAUGUCCGUCACGGCGAAGAUGGCGGCAGCGUCAGGCAAAGGAGGACUGUUCAGUCGGAGCAGCAACUCCGGCGAUGUCCCCACGAUGCGUGGACUGGUAUCUUUCAUAGCGGAUCUGCGUAAUGCGCGAGCGCGAGAGUUGGAAGAGAAGAGAAUCAACAAGGAAUUGGCCAAUAUACGACAAAAGUUCAGAGACGGAGGCCUAAAUGGCUACCAGAAGAAGAAAUAUGUUUGCAAACUUCUCUACAUCUAUAUCCUGGGUUGGAACGUCGACUUUGGACACCUCGAAGCCGUGAACCUCAUUUCGGCCACCAAGUACUCAGAGAAACAGAUUGGUUACCUCGCAGUCACACUGUUCCUGCACGAGCAACACGAGUUGAUACACCUGGUCGUCAAUAGUAUUAGGAAGGAUCUCAUGGAUCAUAACGAGCUGAACAACUGCUUGGCGCUACACGCUAUCGCAAACGUAGGAGGCAAGGAACUGGGUGAAGCUCUGAGCUCCGAGGUCCACCGACUUUUAAUAUCGCCGGCGUCGAAAGCGUUUGUCAAGAAGAAGGCCGCUCUGACCCUAUUGCGUCUCUACCGCAAGUACCCUGGAAUUGUGCAGAACGAGUGGGCAGAGCGCAUGAUAUCCCUAAUGGACGACCCUGACAUGGGUGUAGCACUUUCUGUCACUUCCCUCAUCACGGCAUUGGUACAGGACAAUGCAGAGCAAUAUAAGGGAAGCUACGUGAAGGCUGCUAACAGGCUAAAGCGGAUAGUGGUGGACAACGAAUGCGCGGAAGGGUACUAUUACUACAAAGUCCCGUGUCCGUGGAUCUUGGUCAAACUACUCAAGCUCCUUCAGUACUACCCGCCUCCUGAGGAUUCGCACAUCCGCAAUCUUGUCCGCGAAGCACUGCAAAAGAUCAUGGAUUCCGCGCUGGAGAUGCCGAAGAACGUGCAGCAAAACAACGCGCAAAAUGCCGUUCUAUUCGAAGCCAUCAACCUUGUCAUCCACUUGGACUCUGAGCCAGAUCUCAUGGUCACAAUCUCUACUCGCUUGGGCAAGUUCAUCGCAUCUCGCGAGACAAAUGUGCGAUAUCUGGGCUUGGAGGCGAUGACGCAUCUCGCAGCCCGUGCAGAGACACUCGAUCCCAUCAAGAAACAUCAAGCCAUCAUCAUUGGAUCACUGAGAGACAGAGACAUCAGUGUACGAAGACAGGGGUUGGACCUGCUCUACAGCAUGUGCGAUCAGACAAAUGCACAAGCUAUUGUUGGCGAACUCCUACGUUACCUUCAGUCUGCUGAUUAUGCAAUCAGGGAAGAGAUGGUCCUCAAGAUCGCUAUCUUGACAGAAAAAUAUGCCACAGACGUGCAGUGGUAUGUCGACAUCACUCUGCGCCUGAUUGCGAUGGCUGGUGAUCAUGUCAGCGAUGAGGUUUGGCAGCGAGUCAUUCAAAUCGUGACCAACAACGAGGAGUUGCAGGUCUAUGCCGCUCAAACUAUUCUAGCUUACGUCAAGGCGGACUGUCACGAGACCCUGGUCAAGAUUGGAGGCUAUAUCCUCGGAGAGUUCGGCCAUCUCAUCGCUGAUAGCAAGGGCUGCAGUCCAAUCGAGCAGUUCAUGGCAAUGAGCGCAAAGAUGCGAGGUUGCUCAUCUAGUACACGAGCAAUCCUGUUGUCGUGCUAUGUCAAGUUUGUCAACUUGUUCCCAGAGAUUAAGCCUCAGCUCCUACAAGCCUUCCGCGCCUACACACAUUCGCUGGACUCUGAGCUUCAACAAAGAGCAUGUGAGUAUCUUGCGUUAGCCACCAUGCCUACGGACGACCUGUUACGAACUGUGUGCGAUGAGAUGCCGCCGUACCCGGAAAGGACAUCAGCGCUACUCUCGAGGUUACAUCAAAAACAUUCCACGACCAGCGACAAGCGAACUUGGGUUGUCGGAGGCAAAGAUGCCAACCAAGGAGAGAUUGGCCUUGCACGGCAGAACUCAACAGCUGGGUUCAAGCGAAGCCAGACCAUGCCUGUGCAAGGUGAGCACAAACCAGCUGCAGCCAACGGCGUAAACAACGGUCUUCUAUCGAGUGAUCUUGCCGGUCUGGAUCUAAAUGUGGAUGCGAGCAAGGGCCUCGACGCACCCAAUUUCGCCAGCGCUGCUCAUUUGAGUCCGGAUUGGGAUAUUGGAUACAAUCGCCUACUGUUACGACCUGAAGGUGUACUCUACGAGGAUCAACAAAUACAAGUUGGUCUUCGAACAGAAUAUCGUGGCUCAUUGGGUUGCCUGAUAUUCUACUUCUCAAACAGGUCGUCUUUCGCUAUGAACUCUUUCACUACCAUGCUCGACAACAGAUCCGCAGAGACACUGAAAACAGAUGUUAAGGGUCUGCCGGAUACAGUCAUACAGCCCGAAGGUCAGACACAGCAGACCAUCAUGUUCGACUGUAAGAACGUCUUCAUACAUGCUCCCACCAUCCGUAUAUCCUGGCUUGCUGGCGCUAUGCAGGGAAUCACUCUGCAGCUCCCGGUACUGCUUCAUAGAUACAUGGAAGGCGCAGAACUAAGCUCAGACGACUUCUUCAAAAGAUGGAAGCAGAUUGGUGGUGCGCCGCGUGAGGCGCAGAGCAUAUUUGGUCUGGUCAACAAGAGUCGCAGUAUGGACAUCGGUUUUGUCAAGAAGGUUGUUACCGGUUUCAAAUGGGGCAUCGUUGAAGGCGUCGAUCCGAACGGGAAGAACAUCGUGGGUGCCACAGUGCUGCACACGAGCGAGGGAGGGAAGUUUGGGUGUCUGUUGAGACUGGAGCCCAACUUCGACACUUCGAUGUUCCGCAUUACAAUCCGCGCCACAGACGAGGCUGUGCCGCCUGUUUUGGUGAAAGCCAUGGAGGAGCGACUCUCGCAAGGUAUCGAGGGUUUAAUCUAGGCCAGAUCAGCAUUCUUAUCGCAUUCCAUUCGUGUACCCAAAUUCUAAUGGAGAGAUGAUGGGUUGUUGAUACUGUAAUGUUUGUUGGACGCAUAUAUGCAUGGGUGCGCCUGAAAUGUUUGGUCUAGCAUUAGCGAUGAGGCAUACUUGAGUAUAUGCUCACACCCAUUUCCUUACAUCAAUGAAGCAUUGUAACUUCAA